AGUCUCAAGUUAGGUGUGGCGGAAUUAAAGGCGUUUCAAUUAGCGCAAAAAACCUGAACAAUUGCUUAUUAUUUUAAAUAAAACUUAGAGAGUUACGCAGUAUAAGGGUAAAACGCAAAUUAAGACGUUUUAUGAAAGUUUUGCCACACUUUUCCUUGUAAAUACCCUCGCAAUUCUCGCAGUUCUACCUAAAGUAAAAUAGCUGUGCAGCGGUUUAACUAACAGCGACCAAUACAGUAAUUCCCCUGACACCGACAGGAUGCCCACAGCGAUGCAGAGCGUUUAUAGAAGGCUACAGCCCGUGUGUCUGUCGGGAAGGUCCACAUUUGCUCAGGCGGAAUGCGGUAGGCGGGGCUGCUAGGCUAGUGUCAAACUUUGGGAAUGACAGGAGUGCUGCAGGAUUCGCGAAGAAGGGGAAGAGUCGCCCUUGUUGGUACUAUUUGGAUUACUUUUACCUCUUUCUACACAGCGUCUUUGGAUUCACCAAGAUUUCGCCUAUAGUCGGGUGUCAGUGGAUUUCCCAGUCAUGUCGGAGGACCUGAGCUCCCAACCCUGGUCCAUCAACAAAGAUGAUUAUGAGCUGCACGAGGUGAUUGGUAGUGGGGCCACCGCAGUGGUUCAGGCCGCCUACUGUUUACCCCGAAAAGAGAAAGUGGCCAUCAAACGUAUUAACUUGGAGAAGUGCCAAACGAGUAUGGAUGAACUCUUGAAAGAAAUCCAGGCCAUGAGCCAGUGCCACCAUCCCAACAUUGUGUCUUAUUACACCUCGUUUGUGGUCAAGGAUGAGCUGUGGCUGGUCAUGAAGCUGCUCAGCGGGGGUUCAGUGCUGGAUGUGAUCAAGCAUAUCAUCUCACGAGGGGAGCAUAAGACUGGAGUCCUGGAUGAGGCCAGCAUAGCCACAGUUUUGAAAGAUGUUCUGGAGGGCUUAGAGUACCUGCACAAGAACGGGCAAAUCCACAGAGACCUAAAGGCUGGGAAUAUUCUGCUUGGUGAUGAUGGAUCAGUGCAGAUAGCUGAUUUUGGAGUCAGUGCAUUUCUGGCCACAGGCGGUGACAUGACGAGAAAUAAAGUGCGCAAGACGUUUGUGGGGACUCCAUGUUGGAUGGCCCCAGAAGUCAUGGAGCAAGUUAGGGGUUAUGAUUUUAAAGCUGAUAUCUGGAGCUUUGGGAUCACGGCCAUCGAACUUGCCACGGGGGCUGCACCUUAUCACAAAUACCCUCCAAUGAAGGUCUUGAUGCUGACGCUGCAGAAUGACCCUCCCGCUCUAGAGACGGGGAUCACAGACAAAGAGAUGGUAAAGAAAUAUGGAAAAUCGUUCAGGAAAAUGAUCUCACUGUGUCUACAGAAAGAUCCAGAGAAGAGGCCAACAUCAUCAGAGUUGUUGAAGCACAAAUUUUUCCAAAAAGCAAAGACCCAUGAAUAUUUACAUGACAGGUUGCUACAAAGGGCACCAACAAUAACGGAGAGGUCGAAAAGGGUGCGCAGAGUGCCUGGUUCUAGUGGACGGCUGCACAAAACAGAAGACGGUGAAUGGGAGUGGAGUGAUGACGAGCUAGAUGAAGAGAGUGAAGAAGGCAAAGCUGCGGUGGCUGCUUUAAGGUCACCACGUGUGAAGGAGAGCCCACAGAAUUCAGAGAUCUUCCAGAGUCCUGACCCUUUAAGCACUCAUCUCCAGCCCCCCAUGGCUCCUCUACCUCAGGCUGCGGUUGCCCCUCAGCCCACUGCACCUGUCAGCCCUCCAACCAGUGUCCCUGCUGCCUCUCCCCCUCCUGCUGCUGUCCCAACACAGACUCCAGCUCCCUCAGGCGAUGUCAACGCUUCCAUUAGUUUGGUAUUAAGGUUAAGAAAUUCAAAGAAGGAGCUGAAUGAUAUCCGCUUUGAUUUUAUGCCAGGAAGAGACACAGCAGAGGGUGUGUCCCAGGAGCUGGUGUCUGCAGGCCUGGUGGAUGGCAGGGAUUUGGUUGUAGUUGCUGCAAACUUGCAGAAAAUUGUUGAUGCGCCUCCAGCUAAUAAGAAUGUCACUUUCAAGCUGGCAUCAGGAAUCGAAGGAUCUGAAAUCCCAGAUGACAUCAAACUGAUGGGCUUUGCUCAGCUGAGCAUUAAUUAAAACAUUGUUCUACUUAGGACAGUAACUUGACAAAAAUGUGAAAAUAUAAAAAAAAUAGUUUAUUGCAUUUUUUUUUUUCUUUUGAUGGCUGUAAAGAAACCACUACUGCCAAAGAGAGACCGUUCAUGGCCCAUAGGAUUACAGUGGCAUCAUGACACUGAACGGCUCAAUAGAGUUGAGAGAAGUUUACAGUGAAAACGUAGAAGGAUGCAACUCUCACCAUCCGCGUUCAGUGGUUUCCCUAGAAACGUAGUUUCUUAUCUAAUUGUGAUGCAUUUGCACAAUCUGAAUGAAUGCCCUUCAACCUGAAGCGUAACAAUGCCUUAUAUCCAUCAGAACUACUGAGUGCUCGUCACCGUACAAGCAUUAUGUCGUCUGAAAUGUGCACGCGGGGUUCCAUGUUGUAGCCACGUGUCUUGGAAUUAGUUUCUCAUAAAAUGAACAAGUGCAUUUUGUUUCUGUAAAAAUAUGAGUACUUGAUCUAAAAUCUGGUCUGUAAAUAAGGACAUGUGGCUUUGAUUUGUUUUUAUAAGUUUGUCUUUCACUCUAGGCCUUUAUGUCUAUCUUAUGCCAUUUUUUGGGUUGUGUGAAGGAAGGUGACUAUGUGACCACACUGCGAAUAUCAAAAUGUAUUUUUUAAUUGAAUUGUAUUCAGUUUUUGGCUUCAUACAUAUGUAUUGUUCAAUGGGACCUUAGCUAAUUGCUUGGUCUUCCCCUCUGUUGUUGGUGUAAACUACACUUCUAUUUAAACUUGCAUCUGAAUCUCCUUUGUCACUGGUUUUACAACUGCAACAAAGAUUUUAUCUAUUAUGAUUGUAAAUGUAAAGGCACAAUAGCAUCUGUUAACAAUGCUUUUGAUGUUUUUGUGCAAAUCAAUGUGCAUUUUCGAAUACUUAUCAAUGAAUGUGCAUCUUGCAGUUGGCAUACAACACCAUGGGGAUCCAGUUUACUCCCAUGACAUAAAAUGCCCGCACUUUUACUGUCAAAAGCCCUUCAUGGUGCCAUAUGUUUUAAAAGCUAAUGUAAAGAGACGUCUAAGAUGUAAAAUUUUAAGCCAGCCUUAAAUCAAAAACGACCAACUGUAUUUUUCUGUCUUUGAAGACAUGUUGCUAAGUGCAGUAUUUGGUGCCAUUCUCUUGGUGUGAGGACAGGAUUGAUGUGAAUGACGAUUACUUGUGUGUGAAUAAAGAUGUGUGCGUUGCCAAAAUGGAGCCCUGGUUCGAACAGAAGUGAUCUUCUAUGGUUAACUGUUAAUGCUGUCACAUUUCUCAUGCAACAGCUUUUAGUACGUUUGACAAACUGUAGCAACUGAUCAUGACCGGCAAAAAGACUUUGUUAAUUAAUGCAAUAAUCAAGGCUGUAAGAUAUUUGGACUUUCAGUUUUAAUUUGUUCAUUGAUUCUCUUUUGGAACAUUCUCAAUUUCAAAGCAUGUUUCUCUGAUUAAUUUCAGUCAAUAAAGAAUGAGCAUAUCA